CCCCACAAAUCUCCCUCAUCGCCAUCACCUCGUGGCUUAAACCUUCUUGUUAUUUUUUUUUUCAACAUGGAAGAGGGCUAUCAAAAGGAGCUUCAGCUUCUCCCCUCACAGCUUUCCAUAGCCGCUUCCUCCUCCUCAUCUUCUCUAAUGUCAUCGCGGCCGAUGGAUUCUUCAUUGAGGUACAGGCCAGUGGCGUCUGAUCAUCAUCAACAUCAUCAGUUUGGAGGGCCAUCACUAGACUUGCAAUUAUCGAUAAGUGUUGGGCCAAUCCAGGGACCAUCUAACUGUGUUUUAACAGGUCCCAUUUGUGAUUUCAGCGAUGCGAAAACGGAUACGAGCUGCGUUGAAACCUUGAAAUGGCAGGCUGCUGAGCAGAUUAAAUUGGCAGCUAUUGAAAAGGCUUAUGCAGAGCGAGUAAGGGAGCUUACAAGGAGGGAGAUGGAGUUGGCGCAGUCAGAGUUUGCAAAGGCAAGGCAUAUGUGGCAGAGGGCUAGAGAGGAAGUGGAAAAGGCAGAGAGUAUGAAAGAGAAAGCUACAAGGAAGAUAGAUUCUACGUGCAUGGAGAUCACCUGCCAGUCUUGCAGGCAAAGGCUCAAACCCUGAUUGAUAUCAUAAAAUCAUGCUUUUAUGAGAUUGAGAUGAACUCUUGAACCCUUCAUGAUGAAGAAAAGGUUAAGUUAUUCUAGAGCCAAGUUAUUGAGUUUGAAUAUCUGGGUAUUAGAUUCCUUCUAUUUCUUCAUUCAACAGUAGAAGGGAUAAGAUUGAAUCUUCGGUAAAAGGACAUCAUAAGUGGCAAGAUUGAAAAGUUUGCAAUAAUAAUGCCCAUUCUGUGUUUUUUUAUCA